AAAAGCCACGCGAGAUUCCAUGUGUCGAAUCCGAAAACCGCCUAUGCAUAAAACCUUCAGUGCCCGUCACACAGAAGAAAAGGAAGAUCUUCAUUCCUUCUUCUGCCUCCUUGCCUGAUUAUCAAUUUCUCGGAAUUAUCUUCCUUAAUUCGGAUCUAUACCAGGUAUAGGUAGUGUGCAUAGAACUGUACUAUGGAGAAGUUAUUCACGAUCGAAAGCAUGCGCGACAUGGAGAAUGCCAGUCCAUCGCAGUCUCAUGAGACUCGGGACUUUAAGGAUGAGGCUGAGUCCAGGGAUUCCCUGAAUCCCAGAAAUUGGAGCUCAACGAGGAAAACCUUGCUCUUCAUAUCGCUAAUGACCAGUUCGUUGCUGGCGGAUGGGGCAAUGGUCUGGGGGUCUACUCUGAUCACUGAGCAAGCCAUGGAUUGGGACAUCAGUAUCACGCAUUCGGCGACGAGUAUGAACUAUGGCAUCCUGCUUCAGGGCUUUGGAGGUAUCUUUGCAGUGCCGCUUAUUGAAGCCUACGGUCGUCUGCCGAUCUGGCUAUGGCCUCAGGUGAUCACCAUGUUCAUGGUAUUGGGUGCUACUCUUUCCAAUGACUGGUCCACUUUCACGACCUUCCGAUCCUUGCAGGGUCUGUUUGGGACUGUGCCUCAGGUUAUUGGUCUUCCCAUUAUUCACGAUAUGUAUACCUCGGCUGAAUGGCCGCGUAUGAUCAAUAUUUGGGGAACUACAUUUCUAGUCGGUCCCUUCCUCGGUCCCGCAAUAGCAGGAUACAUCGGUGCCGGAACUGACUGGCGCACCUCCUUCGGCGUACUCACAGCCAUCUAUGGCGUGUCUACGGCCAUGGUCAUCCUGUUCGGCUAUGAGACUUAUUAUGUUCAUGGCCAAAGAGGCAGUCCCUCACGCCUUGCUUCUUACUGUGGCAUUGGAAACACUCUACUUCCGAAGGGAUCUACAUUGACAUAUUGGUGUCGAAUGGUCGUAGUCUAUAUCUUCAAGUUUCCGCUUUUGAUGACUGGCUUCGCCAUUUUGGUGACAUUUACAUGGCCCAUUGGAAUUACAACUACUAUAGACAGCUUCUUACAUAGUCCACCCUACCUCUUUGACACAAUCGAGGCAUCAUCCAUGCGAUUUGCUGGUGUCAUCGGGGCUCUGUGUGGCUGGGCCUUUGGUCACUUUUUCAAUGGCUGGAUCUUCAACCGGCACAGCAAUAACACAUGGCGAACCGAACUCCGUCUCCACGGUGUCUGGUUCCCAAUUGGUAGUAUGGCCUCUGGCCUCUUAACAUACGGACUCACCCUACACUUUGGCAAGCAUUGGAUUGGCCUGGCAUUUGGUUGGAUCUUGGUGAACAUCGGCAUGGUAGCGACAAUUGUCGCCAUUUCUGCCUAUGCAUUAGAAAAAUACCCUGAACAGUCUACGUGUGUCUCAGCAAUCCUGAACAUGUGGCGUACCUGCGGCGGGUUCGCAGUAGGAUAUUUCCAGCCAGCUUGGAUUGAGCGCAAUGGACUGGGCUUGGUCUUUGGGAUUCAGGCUGCUGUUGUUUGUGUGGCUAUUGUCUUAACAAUUACUCCUGUUUUCCUGUGGGAACGCAAGAGACGCAUGCAAGUUCAAGAAGCAUGAUUUGAUACGCGUUUAUGGCAAAUGAUUGUAUAUGAGUGAUGAGGAAGGGGUAUUUUGUAUUUGGGUUGUUUCUAUACGUUCUGUAUAUGUUUAUAUUAUCGAG